UAGUCAGUUCGAGCAAGCAACGCACCUGAGCAUUCAGUCAUUGACGGAGACUCGAAAGCUUAGGACGGUUAUUUCAAGCGAGCAACGCGAUUUUAGUUCAAGUGAAGUGAAGUGAAGUUCAUUUUUGUUUGGUAACACCCGUGCCGUCGAGAGACCACCAGAAGACAUACAAAGUAGUUUAUGCUCGAACGCUCGCUCCGUGUGACGUGUGUGUAGAAACUGAAAAACAAUAACCAACGUUAUUUCAGGAACUGUAACCAGUAGCAGCUGAUUGAUCUGCAAUCUUUCAAGAUAAAUCUGCUAGUCCGUCUGUAUAACCGUCCAAAAACAAAAAAAAAAGGAGUGUGCGUGUUCCAGAGAGAUUUGAACUGUUUGCAUGGCUUGCAUUAACCAGUAAUAGACGUCAAGAGCUGCAUCAUUUAUCGAUAGUUUUUAUACGAAUUCAUGAACUAACCUUCAAACAACACAAUGGCAAAAGGGAACGGUCAUAAUUUGGAGGCUUCAAACUACGAUCCCACUGCUAUUGAAGAGGAUGAGCCACUCACAUGGAGAUUUUGGCGAAAACGUCGUUACAUUGUGGUGUUGUUGGCAUUUUUCGGCUUCUUCAAUGUCUACUCGCUGCGUGUCAAUUUAAGUGUGGCCAUUGUGGCCAUGACAGAAAAUCGCACUGUGAUUGAUGAGAAUGGACAAGAGUCAUGGGAACAAGAUUUCCCCUGGGAUUCCAAACAGAAAGGUCUCAUAUUGAGUUCCUUUUUCUAUGGUUACAUUUUGACACAAUUCAUAGGAGGUUUUGUGGGUGCCAAAAUUGGUGGAAAUAUAGUAUUUGGCAUUGGCAUUGGAGCCACUGCUAUUUUGACCCUAUUCACCCCAUUGGCCGCCAAGCAUAGUUUGGAAAUGUUAUUGGCUGUGCGCAUUAUUGAGGGUAUAUUUGAGGGUGUUACAUUCCCUUGCAUUCAUGCUGUGUGGUCACGUUGGGCACCCCCACUCGAAAGAUCUCGCAUGGCCUCCAUAGCAUUUGCGGGCAAUUAUGCUGGUACUGUGAUAGCUAUGCCUUCUUCUGGGCUUUUGGCCACAGCCUAUGGCUGGGAAAGUGUCUUCUAUGUGUUUGGUGCCAUUGGCUGUGUCUGGUUGAUCCUUUGGAUGGUCAUUGUACGCUCAGGACCAGAUCGUGAUCGUUUCUGUUCGGCCAAUGAGCGUGAUUAUAUCAUGAAGAGAAUUGGUGUGGGUGCCAAUAAGUCUAUAAAGCAUCCAUGGAAAUCAAUAUUCACCUCACUGCCAUUUUUUGCCAUCGUUGCUUCGCAUUUCUCGGAAAAUUGGGGUUUCUAUACGCUGCUGACACAAUUGCCGACAUUCCUAAAAGAUACCCUCAACUUUGAUUUGGACAAGACUGGUUUCCUGUCGGCUGUACCCUACUUGGCUAUGGGUAUUCUCCUUGGUGUCUCCGGCUAUUUGGCUGAUUGGCUGCAGGUUAAAGGGAUAUGGACCACCACUCAAGUAAGACGCAAUUUCAAUUGUGGUGCGUUUUUGGCUCAGACAGUCUUCAUGAUACUUACCGCCUAUCUGUUGGAUCCAACAUGGUCGGUGGUUUGCAUAACCAUAGCUGUGGGCUUGGGAGCCUUUGCUUGGUCUGGUUUUGCGGUGAAUCAUUUGGAUAUUGCCCCUCAACAUGCCAGUGUUUUGAUGGGCAUUGGCAAUACCUUUGCCACCAUUCCGGGCAUAGUGAGUCCCAUGUUGACCGGUUACCUGGUAGUCGAUCAAACCAGCGAAGAAUGGCAAACGGUCUUUUUCAUAUCGGCGGGUAUUUAUCUGGUGGGCUGUGUCAUCUAUUGGAUAUGGGCCUCUGGAGAGCUACAGGAAUGGGCUAAGACCCCAGAGCAAAAGGCUCACGAAAUGACUCAACAUCAAGUGUCGAACAACAACACUUCGCCAAAUGCCUAUGUCAAUGAGGCCAUGGACAUGAAGGAGGAAAUGAAAUGAUAGCUUCCCCAUAAGACACACACACACACAAUCAUUUCCACUUCACCAUCCACCAUGCAUUACAUUCCAAGAAAAAAUUUUCAUUGAAUUUGUUUUUUUUUAUUAUUUUUGUAUUGUUUUCAUUUACUUCUUAUGUAAAUAUUUAUUUUUGAAAAUAUUUUUAGAGCUCAUCGAUACAAGAUGAUGAUGAUGAUGAGGGAGACAUCAAAUGCUGUUGUUUUUUUUUGUUCUGUUUGUGAAAAUGUCUGCUGAAUAAUCCACAAAUUGUCUUGGAUUCCAUUCCAGAUCAAUGUGCAAUUUCUUUGUUAUCGUGGCACACAUUUUGCCUUUAGGUCAAUACACUAUUCUUAGUGCUGUUUAAAUGUACGAAAAAAAAAACAAUAAACAAAUAGUGAUGACAAGUAAUCGAA